UUUAAAAUCUAAUUUUGUAUGAAAGGACAGUCACUUUUUUGUAUAUUAAUAUUUCGCAUGCUUGUUCGUUGCUUUUAAAUUACGCGCAUCUAAUUUUAAAUUCAAUUUUACCGCAUAAGUGUACCAUUGCGCCAUCUGCAUGAUAUACUUUCAACAUUUUUUAAAUACAAGGCAAAUUCUCUGCAAUUAUCGUAAAAAUUUAAAAGAAAACACGAUCGAUUGUAUAUUUUACAUGUCUAAUACAAUCAGAUUAUAUUUAAAAUGUUGUAAUAUUUUGUGUUAUUCUUAUAAUUAAUGUCUUCAUAAGCGGAUUGUUUAGAAGCACUAUUGUCAUUGGUUGCUUCUCCAUAAUACUUUAUUUCAUAAUAAAUAACCAGUAAGAUGGUAUUUCGAACCUUUUGUAAAUAUAUUAUUGUGAUAUUAACAAGAAAGAGGUUUGUACAGGCAUAAUGAAUAAAGAACAAUUUUCACCUGUCAGUAAAAUUUCAUCUCCAAAAUCAACACAAGGAAGAAACUUAACAGGUUCUGUUCGUCAUAUACGAGAUUUAGCUGCAGAUAUUCAUGGAAAUAUACAAAACUGGAAUACAUUUCAUUUACAAGGAGUAACAUUAUUAAAAAACAUAUCUCAGCUAAAACAAGAUGAAUCGUAUUCUCAAACUCUACAAGAAUUAUGCAAUAAAUUGGAAGAUGUUUGUGAUGCACUGGAUAAUACUGUGAAGAGUCUAGGUGAUAUUGCGUAUCAAAUAAAAGUAACAGCAUCUUUAGAAACACCCAAGGAUAAGCUAUUUGUAACAUGGCCAAAUAUAAAAUUUGAACAAGUAGCAGAAUUAAUAUACAACACAUACUAUCAAGAAGCAAAGAUAAAACGUAAAAUUUUGGAAGAUGUAGCUCAUUAUUACACAGAAUCUUGGAAAAUGUUGUUUCUUGCUACCUGGGUGCAUCAACCAUUAGUACCAGAAAAUUUGACAACAUCUUUGGAAUCAUUAUUGAUAGAAACUGGGCAUAGAUAAUUAUUGUUGGUAUUUAUUUGGGAAUCGGUGGUGGCUUAGGUGGUAACAAGGAAGAAGGUCUAACAGCACUUUUUUUCGGUCUGCCUCUUUUUCCACCACGGCU